ACGAAAGUUAGCAUUUGCAAAGGAAAAUAAGGUGAAAACAAGAUUUAAAAUACAUAAAAAUUGAUUGAGGGAAUACAAUUUGAAUACAAGAUAAAGUUGCUAGCAAAGUCGGCUUGAAAACCGAUUGGGAAACGUCGAAACAAACAAUUAUGCUGUCGCAAUCCCUGCUGAGUGGCAUGCGUGUCCUGCGCACAGAGGCCCGUCGUAACUUCGGAAUCGUUGCCCCUGCCCUGAACAAGGCCUCCGAUCCCAUCCAGCAGCUGUUCCUGGACAAAGUGCGCGAGUACAAGCAGAAGAGCGCCGGUGGCAAGCUGGUGGACUCCAAUCCCGAUAUUGAGCGGGAGCUGAAGACCGAACUGGACCGUGUGGCCAAGCAGUUUGGCAGCGAUGGCAAGACCGACAUGCUGAAGUUCCCCGAAUUCCAGUUCCCCGAUGUUAAGGUCGAUCCCAUCACCCAGGCCCCACAGUAGAGAUCGCUCUUCGCGAAUGAGUUAGUCUAAUUGCUUUAAGUUCAGCUGCUGAUUUCGCCUGUGCGCCCCCAAAAACCGCGGGCAAGUCAACAAAAAAAACCAAUAAAAUCGGGAAAACAACAAGCGAUUCGUAUGCGAAAGCCACU